GCUUCUGGGACGUAAGCACACUUAGGUUUCAAUCUCCAGCUGGGAUAAAUUGGCUGCACGUCGCCUCUGUUCAGUUAAAGAAGGAGAAGAACAAGUGAAGACAUGGCUCCAACACUGUUUGACCAAGGUCCUAAGCCAGGGGACCUUAUCAAGAUCUUCCGUGGAACAUACGAGCACUGGGCUGUCUACAUCGGUGGAAAUGAAGUUGUUCAUUUGAUUCCCCCAAGUGGUGAUGAUUCAAACCCUUUUAAUAGCCUGAUGUUGCUCCUGGACAGCAACAAGGCCGAGGUGAGGUGCCAGAAGCUCUGGGAAGUGGUCGGCCCCCAUCGUUAUACAAUCAACAACUUCCUAGAUUACAAGUAUGAACCUCGGCAGCGUGACAUCAUUGUGAGAGAGGCGUGUAGGAUGGUGGGUCAGGAGCUUCCGUACUCCAUCACCAGUCACAACUGUGAGCACUUUGUCACGGAGCUACGAUACGGCAUUUCACAGUCGAGACAGGUUAACAGAGCUGCUGCGAUUGGAGGUGUAGCUGUAGUGGGUGUGGGCAUUCUGGCUGCAGGGGCCAUUCUGCUUUCCGCCUUGUUUAAGGAUCAAGAAGAAGAAGAAGAAGAAGAAAGGAGACAUCGUAACUGAGACAGAAAGAUGAAAGAAAAGAUAUUGCCAGUGUUUGAGUCAAUUCACCUGGCAGUAAUGAUUAUUUAAAUUCUGGAAUGAACUAUUGCACGUGUACAAAAUAAAUAGUUCCUAAUGUCAAAGUGUGUGACAAGAUGUAAUGGGUAAAUCCAUGGCUGUUAAAACUUUAAGUUUUAUAUUGAUGUUGGUAUAGAUUCACGUCAUGGUUGUUUAUUUAUAUCUGAAAUGUAUAUUACAAUGAAUAACUUGCAAUAUGAGUUCAUUUUUUUAGGAUUAAAUAAAAAAAGUGACAAGUGAAGUAAUCUUAUGUUAAGACUCGAUCUUGAACUAUUUACUGUAUUAUUAUUUGUUUGUGUUUUGGAUAAAUUAUUUUUAUUUAUUUUUAAAU